UCUGCACCUAAUUGGCGCACGGAGAACACCGAAGAAGGCGAUUUACAGGCCUUCCUCACCGGCGGUGUUGCUGAUGAACGGAAAGCAGAGCGGAUGCCAUUGGAGGAGGAGCCGGAUCGGCCAGAAGUUCCUCCUGACUUCCCACCGGAAUCUUUCUGGCUCUCCAAGGAUGCGGAGUUCGACUGGUUCGAUCGAAAUGCCUUCUUGGAGCGGAAAGAAUCCACUAAGGCCAGUUCUAAUUCCACGAAUUUGAAUCCUAAUUUACAUCCGCAAUCUAAUUCGAAUUCGCAGCGAUUUUCGUUGAAUUUGAAGUCGAAGGCCUCGAUUAUUGGAUUGCCGAAGCCUCAGAACACUACCUAUGUCGAUGCGAAGAAUCGACGAAAUUGCAAGUCCGGAAACAUACGGUUGUUUCCGAAACGGUCAGGAUCCGGUGGAAAAUCGGUUUCGUCGAUGAUCGAGCCUUCUUCUCCCAAGGUAUCGUGUAUGGGGAGAGUGAGAUCGAAGAGGGACCGAAAUCGGCAAAAGACUAAUAAUCACCAUCACUCAUCAGAAGCAGAAAUAGCAACAAACGCAAAGGAGAAGAAACCAGUCGAGAAACAGAGGAAAGGAUUCUUCGCGAGUUUCCGCGCUGUUUUCCGGAACGGUAGAAGAAGGCAACCAGUCAUCGAGCCGACUGCAUCUUCCCUCACUAACUCGCCUCCCGAACAGGACAUCACAGCACCUCCUUCCACCUCUAAUCCUCCGCCGCGCGACGAAACCGAACCGCCGUCCUUGGGCGGUUUGGAGCGAUUCACAUCGAGUAGAAGAUCCAGUUCGUGGAGCGUAAGCGAGGGCGGUAAAGACGUGGAGUAGGUGUAGAGCAUUGACUCUUCCGCCAUGCGAGGGAUCAUCGCGUAGUUAGUGCACGCCAUCGGGGCCCACCGGAAGAUUUUAGAUGUUUGCUCGGUAGGACCGAAUCGGAUCGAAUUUGUCGUCGGAUGAACAAUAUUUCUACUCCAUUGUGAUCUGAAAGGUAAAACAUCGAUCUCAUACUCAUAGUCCUCCUUUUCAUUAUUAAUUUGGUUACACUUGAAACCUUUUUGUUUGAAUUAGACGACGAAGAUCAGUAGAUAAGAGUUUCUUGAACGAC